AUGGACGGCGCUCCGGUGGCCGAGUUCCGGCCGACGAUGACGCACGGCGGCCGCUUCCUCCUCUACAACAUAUUCGGCAACCAGUUCGAGAUCACGGCCAAGUACCAGCCGCCGAUCAUGCCCAUCGGCCGCGGCGCCUACGGGAUCGUCUGCUCGGUGAUGAACUUCGAGAGGAGGGAGAUGGUGGCAAUCAAGAAGAUCGCCAACGCCUUCGACAACAACAUGGACGCCAAGCGCACGCUCCGGGAGAUCAAGCUCCUCAGGCACCUCGACCACGAGAACAUAGUAGGCCUCCGAGAUGUGAUCCCGCCGGCGAUCCCGCAGUCCUUCAACGACGUCUACAUCGCCACUGAGCUCAUGGACACGGACCUCCACCACAUCAUCCGCUCCAACCAAGAACUCUCGGAAGAACACUGCCAGUACUUCCUGUACCAGCUGCUGCGCGGCCUCAAGUACAUCCACUCGGCGAACGUGAUCCACCGCGACCUCAAGCCGAGCAACCUGCUGCUGAACGCCAACUGUGACCUCAAGAUCUGCGACUUCGGCCUGGCGCGGCCGUCAUCGGAGAGCGACAUGAUGACGGAGUACGUGGUCACGCGGUGGUACCGGGCCCCGGAGCUGCUGCUCAACUCCACCGACUACUCCGCGGCCAUCGACGUCUGGUCCGUCGGCUGCAUCUUCAUGGAGCUCAUCAACCGCGCGCCGCUCUUCCCGGGGAGGGACCACAUGCACCAGAUGCGGCUCAUCACGGAGGUGAUCGGCACCCCCACCGACGACGACCUGGGAUUCAUCCGGAACGAGGACGCCAGGAGGUACAUGAGGCACCUGCCGCAGUUCCCUCGCCGGUCCUUCCCGGGCCAGUUCCCCAAGGUGCAGCCCGCCGCGCUGGACCUCAUCGAGAGGAUGCUCACCUUUAACCCGCUGCAGAGGAUCACAGGUGCGUUGCGUCCCACGUCCGCGUCACUCUGCUUUGAUCUUCACGUGUGA